UUUAUAUCUAGCUCCGUAUCACAUGUGGAACUCACAUCCCUCCUUUAUGAUCAGUUCACCAUGACAGAAUCAUAUAUACUGGAUCAGUGACGCCAUAUCAGACUAACUUCCAUCAUUUUGACCUUGUGCUCCUUUACCACUUUCACCUCCGGCAAUGACAGAAUUUGAGGGCGUCGUCACCAGUGCAUUCUCUUCUUACGGCAUCAUAGACGAUGAAAUUUACUUUGACUACAAGAUUGUCAUCGGAGAGAUUCCCGAUAAAGGAUGUAAAGUGCGGGGUGUCAAAGUGCUGAAAGGUGACAACGCUUACAACGCUACAUCAGUCCAGAUCGUGGAGGGAAUGUCCCUUGAGAGGAACGAAGUGUCUGGUGAACUGGACAAGAUAAGGGGAGAGUUUGGGUAUGUUAACGGUGUACCAAUCAAGAUAGAACAUUGUGUACCUCGGCCUGUAGAAGGUGAUCUGUUGAAUGUUCUGACUGAAGAAUUUAACGGUAUGGUGAUUGGUAAAUCAGUGUCUCACACACGAAAGAGACGGUUUACAUCUCACGUUCUCCGUGUCACACCCAAAAUAUGUGAGCUUGAAGAAAACUCGUACUUCCUGAGAAGUUUAUGUCCCAGAGGGUACAACCCUCAACCAAACGAUAUUGUUUGCGGAGUAGCUGUGGAGUGUUUCUACAGGAAUCUCACAACAAUUUACAGUUGGCGGGCAAUAGAGAUCAAACAAACCAGCAUCACUCUAAAAGGGUUAAACGAAGAUCUCCUGUUGUAUCGUCUUCCUAAGUUUUGUCUAAGUUACGUCGCUAGAGAGUGUGAUAGAGGACAGAAGGAGGACAGCAUUAGUUGUACUCCUCACGCCCUCAGAAUAGGACACCUCAAUCCUGGAGACACAACUCAGCUACAGUUCACUCUGAAGAACAACUCCGAACGUAUCCUAUUCGAACUGGGUAACAUAUCAGUGUCAGAUACCAGUAUUCUAAACUGCGGGACACCCUUCCCUCGAUAUAUCUACCCUCAGGCAACAGAGGAGAUAACACUGGGUCUCGUAAACCCUGAUAUUGGUCAGCACACUACAACUGUAAUCUUCUCUUUAUCUGUUAAUAGUAAACAGUUCAACAUAUGCCGUAGAGUUCAUGUUAAUGUAAUAGCACCUAGAACUAAGAAAUGUUUGAGAACAAGGGUUGAUGAACCGUUUUUGGAGGGCUGCCAAAUCAUUCCGGGCUUUAAACCGGCAAGAACAAACCCUAGAUUCUAUCCUCAGCAUUUUCCUGUGUAUGCUAUACCAGAGGAUGUUGAGUCAACAUCUGAGGACCGAAUCCUUGCGGAGGAGCUCAAGAAGAAGAACUACAAGGUGAUAAUGCACAAGUUGUUAUACAUGGAAGAGAGAUUUGUUGAGGAAGAGAUGAAACAUUAUUCAAUCUACGAAACAAGUCUGAUGAAACGAGGAAGGUUUCUAGUCUUAAAAGUUCCUAAUUUAGUUGAAUCAAAGCUGAACAUUCUAAUCGGACAUAGAGUUGUUCUUGAGCAUGAAAACAACACUGUAAAGUAUGAGGGUUACAUACACAAGAUUGCUGAUAGAACAGAUGAAGUCAUGCUCGGUUUUGAUGAAUCAUAUCACAACAGCUAUGCAGCUGAAUCUGUUAAUGUACAUUUCUCUCACAGCAGGACAUCCUUCAUAAGAUGCCAUCUCGCUAUCGACUACAUCUUUCAGAUCAAAGCUGAAGGUAUGCUGUUUCCUGAAGAUGUAAAUGUGAGACCUCCUCACUUCAAUGUACCUAGAUUGGACCUCUUUAAUAAAUCAUUGAACAAGGAGCAAGCCUGGGCCGUUCUUCAUAUGAUUGAGGCAAAGGCGAGACCAAUUCCUUAUCUUCUCUUCGGUCCCCCAGGUACUGGCAAAACAGUCACAAUAGUAGAGGCUAUCCUACAGAUCUUUCACCUGCAGGAUGAUUGCCGGAUUCUUGUAACUGCACCGAGUAACAGCGCGUGUGACCUGAUUGCGCAGCGCCUUCUCCAACAGUCUAGCCAGUUAGAUAUAGUGAGACUCAACUCAAUGUCCAGGUUCACAGAGUCCCUUCCAGAAGAGCUACAAGCUAUCUCCAUGCCAGCUGAUGAGGUUAAAGAAGCAGCUUUAAAACGUAUCAUUGUCUCCACGUGUGUAACUGCAGGGAACCUCUACAAAUUACAACUCAGAACAUCACAUUUCACCCAUGUUUUUAUCGAUGAGGCGGGCCAGGCAAUAGAACCUGAGGUCUUACUCCCAAUCGCUCUGUCCACUGGACCGGGAACUCAAGCAAUCCUUGCAGGAGAUCCAUACCAAUUAGGUCCGGUUAUCAAGAAUGGACAGUGUGAGGAUCUUGGUUUGAGUAUGUCGCUUCUGGAACGGUAUAUGAGUUGUGAUGUGUACGAACGCAAGGAACAGUUCAGGGAUAAUAGCUUCUAUGACCCAAUCCUGUUGACGAAACUAAUCAGAAACUACAGGUCCCACUCUGAGUUAUUGAUAGUCCCCUCUCAGUUGUUCUACGAUAACGAGCUGGAACCCUUCGCUCCACACUCCCUUGUUAACAGAGUGGUCAACAUGGACUUAUCCCUGCCUAACCCUAAAGUUCCCUUUAUAUUCCAUGGAGUUGUAGGGGAAGAAAUGAAGGAGAACAAUAAUCCUUCUCUGUACAAUCCAACAGAAAUUGUACAGGUUCUGACUUAUAUUAAGCUUUUUACCAACGCUGGUUUCUCCUCGUCUGAGAUUGGUGUUAUUACCCCUUACAGAAAGCAGGCUGAGAAGACUCGCAUGAUGUUGCAAAGUAUCAAGGAUGUUGAUGUUCGUCAGAUAAAAGUUGCGUCUGUGGAAGAUUUCCAGGGCCAAGAACGACCAAUUAUUAUCAUAUCAACUGUUAGAAGCAACAAUUCAUUACCAUCAGAAAAAGUUAAAUUAUUAGGAUUUCUUCAGAACCCCAAGAGGUUCAAUGUAGCCAUAACACGGGGUCAGGCUAUGUUAGUUGUGGUUGGUAACCCUGAUGUUUUGAAACAUGACGAACAGUGGGGGGCGCUGUUGGACUAUGCGAUCAGUAGGGAGUGUUAUGUGGGAUGUCAGUUUCACUGUGUUGAAAGUGGUGAAAUGUUUGGAAGUUGAACAUUUGGAGGUUGAACAUUUGGAGGUUGAACUUGUCUAAACGGUACAUUUUCAACUUUUUUUGGUUGAAAGUUUAAGUGAUGUUAUGCUGUUUUGCUCCUUUUUGUUAUAAACCAGAUUUUAUUGUGUAAUAUGGCACUGAUUUUUAUGACGUUCUUUUAACUAUUUGAUUAUUUUAAUAAUUUUCUAGUAGUAAUUUAUUUCUUUAGCCUGAUGCAAAUAGUCUGAUCGAUUAUAUGAAUUAAAAAGGCCCAGAAUAAAAUAUAUUUAUUCCAAAUUUAACUGUUCUAUUAUAAUCACAUCGGGCAGAUCUAGAUAUUUGUUCCUCGAAAGUUUAUAAAUUGUUUUUUACAAUAAAAUUAUUUCAUUCGACUUGAUUCCUCAGCCCAAAUAUAAUUACGAAAGGGGGUAUAAUCCAAUGGUGAAAAAUAGAGAAAAAUAGUGAAAUU